GCCCUCUCUGCCGGCCUCCGCAAGGGCGGCGGGAGUAGCCGGCGGCGGCCUCGGGGUUCUGUCCUUCAGGCGGAAGGGGCGGGGCUCGGCGCUGGGCGCCCUCCACUUCCUGUCCCAAAGAGCUGUCCCCACCCGCGGGUCGUGCCCCCCCUCCCUGCGCGUGCAGGCGGCGUAGUCGCAGGGAAGUAGCCCUACGGGGGCUGAGCCUGGGCCUGGCACCCAGGGCUUGGUCCUGCUUGGCCCGGGCAGGAGGAGGUAGCUGGCAGCCCUCACGACUUGGCCACCCCCUCGUGGACGACCCACCUGCUCCGCAGGCCCUGAUUACUCCCCCCCUUGGCUGACCCACGGUGUGGGCAGUGGGCAGGUGGCUCCAGCCCACCAACCAGGGCAACACAGCAAUGCCCACUCAUCCUGGGGCUGCUGCGGUACCGCCACUGUGGACCAGUGAGAGCCAGGGAGGUCCUACUGCCCUGUCAGACACAGGGAAGCUGACCAAGCCUCUGGAGGAUCCCCUCCCGAGAAUGCAGCACAGCCAGCAGGAGAGAGCUCCUGCCAGCUUGGCCUGGGUUGCUGGGGCUCUUGGUCUGGUUAGGCUGGUAGGAAGCCCCCCCUAAUAGUCCAUGCUGCCUUCUGAGGGCUCAGCUGGCCUAGCUGCAGAGGCAGCAAAUCCCUGCAACAGGCUUCCCAGGUAGUAACGUGAGCCCAGAGAGAGCUGCUUCCAGGAACCCAGGCUGCCUGCUCUAUUCCCAGUGCAGAAGCAAGUUAGCAUAGCCUAUGCAGUGAGCAGCAGGAUGCGCCUGAGCUCAGCUGGGGAGACCUGGGGCAGAGGGGAGGGUCACCAACUGGCAUCCCUACACAUGCUUUCACUCACCCCCUGAGAUCUGCAAGAGUCCCAGCAGCACGGCUCAUAAUGAGAGGAAUGACCGUUAUCUUCUCUAUUCUCCUGGGUCAGCCUGGAGUCACCUGUGACUGAAGUGGGGUUCAGCUCCCCCAGGGUACAGGUGAGAUGGUGGGAGCCCAGCGGCUCGAGAUGGCAGAGAUGCAGCCAGCCCCACUGCCGCAGCCAGGUGCCAGCGAGCACCAGUAUGAGUGUCUGGAGUGUGGCAAGGUCUUCAAAUGGUCAUCGCGGCUCAUCCACCACCAGCGUACGCAUACUGGGGAGCGCCCCUACAAGUGCUCGGAGUGCCCCAAGGCCUUCAAGGGUUCCUCAGCACUGCUCUACCACCAGCGCAGCCACACUGGGGAGCGCCCCUACAAGUGCACUGACUGUGGCAAGGCCUUCAAGCGCUCCUCACUGCUGCAGAUCCACCAGAGCGUGCACACCGGUCUGCGCUCCUUCAAAUGCACCCUUUGCGGUAUGGCCUUCAAGUGGUCCUCACAUUACCAGUACCAUGUGCGCCAGCAUACAGGUGAGCGCCCGUAUAAGUGCACCACAUGCGAGAAGGCCUUCAAAAACUCAUCCAGCCUGCGGCGUCACCGCAACAUCCACACAGGCGAGCGCCCCUAUGUCUGCACAGCAUGCGGCAAAGCCUUCACCCAGUCCACCAACCUGCGGCAGCACCAGCGCAUUCACACAGGUGAGCGCCCCUACAAGUGUGCUGACUGCACCAAGACCUUCACCCAUUCUUCCAAUCUCCUACUGCACCAACGCACCCAUGCCAACAGCCGGGCCCACAAGUGCCAGGCUUGUGGCAAGGCUUUUGUCUCAGAGACCUACCUCCAGAAGCACCUGCAGAUGCAUGCGGCUAAGGAACCGACUCCUUACGGUGAGGCUGAGCUGGCCUGUGCACCAACUGAGCUGUUUUUGGCUGCUGCCACAGAGGCAGUAGAAACUGUGGAGAUGCUAUGGAAGUGUGGGGACUGUGAACUGACCUUCAAAAGUGAGGAACUGCUGUUGGGCCACCAGCAGAGCCACCUGGAGGCGGCCCCGCCUCUGCCAGCUGAGGAGCUGCCUGUUGCACCACUCUACACCUGCCCCACCUGUGGCAAGGCCUUCAAAAAUGGGUCAGGGCUGUCACGGCACCAGCACAGCCACACUGGUGAGCGACCCUACAAGUGCUCCAUCUGUGAGAAGACCUUUGUGCAGCUCUCCAACCUUCUGGCACACCAGCGCACACACCCUGCUGAGCAGCAGCUCAUUCAGGCUGAGGCUGAGGUCACCUGCCCUCAGUCAGCAACUGAGCCUUCCCCAACUCCGGCCCCUGUUCUGGCCCCAGCCCCUGCUGAGGCAGCUGAGCGCCCCUACAAGUGCACAGAGUGUGGCAAGGCCUUCAAAGGCUCAUCAGGGCUGCGCUACCACCUGCGAGACCACACUGGGGAGCGCCCCUACAAGUGCUUGGAGUGCCCCAAGGCCUUCAAGCGCUCUUCACUGUUGUCUAUCCACCAGCGUGUGCACACUGGCUUGCGUGCCUUCAAGUGUGCUGAGUGUGGCCUAACCUUCAAGUGGUCAUCGCAUUACCAGUACCACCUACGCCUGCACACAGGUGAGCGCCCCUACAGCUGUACCGACUGCGGCAAGGCCUUCAAGAACACUUCCUGCCUGCGGCGCCACCGCCAGCUGCAUACUGGUGAGCGCCCCUUCACCUGCCUGGUCUGUGGCAAGACCUUCACACAGACCUCCAACCUGCGGCAGCAUCAGCGUACUCACACAGGUGAGCGUCCCUACACCUGCCAGCAGUGUGGCAAGACCUUCACCCACUCCUCCAACCUGCAGCUGCACCAGCGAACUCAUUCUAGUGAGCGCCCCUUCAAGUGCCCUGUCUGUGCCAAGGGUUUCGUCAUGGCCUCUUACCUGCAGCGCCACCUCCGCACGCACGCUACCGAGGCAGGUACCCCUGAGGCCAAGAGUGAGAUGCCAGCCCAGGGCCUUCCACUCACACCCAGCACCCAGGAGGUGCACAUUGUGCCCAACCUGCAGGCCACCCUCAAUCUAGAGGUGGCUAGCCCACCCAGUGCCCCUAACUCCCAGACCUUCCUGCUGGUGCAGACAGCACAGGGCUUGCAGCUGAUCCCCAGCAUCCAGCAGAGCCCCCAGAAGCUGAUCCUCCUGCCCAGCCCGCAGAUGGUGUCCCCACACCAGAAAGUGCCCGUUCUUCAGAGUACCCCCAACAUUACCCUGAUGCCCAGCAGCCCCACAGUUCCCAGCAAGCCACCCCCCCGCCGGCAGGGCAAGGCCAAGAAGCAGGCUGCCCCCAGUAACCCCAACCCACCACAGCCUGGCCAGAACAUCAUUCUGGUGCCAGCCAGCGGGCAGGCACUGCCUAGCAUGCAGAUCCAGACUUUGCCAGGAUCUCAGCGGGUGCCAGGGCUCCAGACCGGGCAGAAUGUUAUUGUGCUGCAGAACAUGCCUGAGCAGCCCUCUGCUGAGGUAGCUAAUGUCCAAGUCCAGGGCUUGCCACAGCCCCCUGAGGUGACUGGCAUCCCAGCCUUGUCGCAACCUCAGGACGUGACCAGCAUCCAGAUCCAGGCCCUGCAGCAGAGCUCCCCGGAGGCAGAGGAGGCUCAAACCCUUCCCAGCUCCCAUGAACUGUCCAGUGCCCAGCUCCCUGCAGAUGCUGGGCAAGAGAUGGCAGACCUGCCAGAGGGCCAGGACCUGAUUGUGGUGCAGAGCGCACAGGGUGAUGACUUGCUGGGGCCAGGGACUGAAGUGAGUGGCCUAGAAGGGGUGCAGGAUGUGCACCUGGAGAUGCUGCAGACGGCUGAGGGACUGCAGAACGUCUUGGUACUGCGUGGUGCUGAUGGAGAGCAGACCCGCUUCUGUGUGCAGGAUGUGGAGAACCUACCAGAGCUGCCCCCAGAGAGCGGAUCAGGGGCCCUGACGGCUCCUGGGGGGCAGAAGCUCUUCAUCAUCCGCAGCACUCCCAGUGAGCAGACCCUGCAGGUCCUGGAGAACGUGUCAGGUCUGCAGGCACUGCCAGGACCCCCAGGCCCCAAUGUGGGACAGCUCCCCCUGCAGGCACGGGGGAUGCCCAACAGCCCAGGGAGUGGCCAGCCCUCCUCUGGCAACACCCAGAUGGUACAGCUGCUGCCAAGCCCAGUGCCACCUCCCCAGGAGCUGCAGUCCAUCCAAAUAGUGCAGACAGUGCCCAGUGUGCAGCUGGUUCAUACCUUCUGAGUCCCAUGCACCUGGCCUUGCAGGUGCCUGCCUUGCCCUGCUGGCCAGUACUGUGCCAGUGCAUGUUGAACUUGGGGUGAAUGUCCCCUCCUCUACUGUCAUGCCAUGUACUACAGACACUGUCCAGCUGGCUGCAGCAAAGGGCUCUGGGUUGCCUGAUGAGCGCAGGCAGCCCCUGACUGCCUUUCCAACCUUGGCUGUAGCCUUCCAAGGCAUAGGGCUGGUAGGACUUGACAUCCAUGUCAUUGGAGCUGAGUCAGUUCUAGCUGGGCGUGGGAUUGUCUAGCUGGGCUCCAGUUGCAAGGCGCUGUUUGCCUGUCCCUGAGCAGAGGUGCAGUGGGACCUGGCCUGAGUGCUUCCCUAGCCUCUGCUCACUUCUAGUAUUUGAGCCUCUUCCAGGGCUGGGAGGAGAGUGGGGUCCAGAGGUUAGAGCAGGCUACCUCAGGAACCAGGAUUCCUAGGUUGUGUCUUGGCUCUGCAGGGGAGGAGCGAGUGGGUAGUAGGUUUGCCCAGGAUUCCUGGGUUCUUUUCCUGACUGCCUUGCUGGGCCACCUUAGCUAAGUCUCUUCUUAGCUGCAGGAGGGGCCAGUGCUGUGAGGCUGCAUGUGUACAUGCAAACAUGCUUUUCUCUUGGGGGAGGGGCCUGGGUGGGCACAGCUCUGCCUGCUGCUCUGUGGAAACCCAUUGCUCUCCCAGGCAGGAGAUGGCAUUGUGGCACAAGGGAGCAAGUGCAAUGGUCUCCCAAGCCAUUAGGCACCACUUCCCUGCCACCCAGAUGCUGCCCUGAGCCCCCUGGCUGGGUUGGAUCCUAUCUCCUCUUCCAUAGUGACACCUGGCACUGCUCCCCAAAGGACACAACUGCUUCAGCCCAGGAGGCAAAUAAAGGACUGCUUAUGAAG